UCAUUCUAUUCAUUUUUUAUAGAUUUUUUUGGUAUUUUUUUAUAUAUUUAAAAUUAUAAAAAUGUCUAUGAGUGUUUUUUUUAUAUUUUGUAGAAUUGAUGGAAUGAUAAAAAAGAAUAUAGAAUAAACCAUUCCAAAAGCUUUUACCCCACAUAUUUACAAUCCAGUUGCAGCCAAUAUAUAAUAUUGGUUUAGUUCAGUUUCAUGGCUUUGAUUACCAAUUUCCAAGUUCUGGCAACAAGUUUGAUAGCAAACAAGUUAGUGAAGAUACAGGAUUAGGUUGGAACUAAUGGGCUACAAACGUAAAUUUGUUUAUUAGUGGGCUUAAAGUUGAUGACUUUUUGAUUUGGUCUCUCGUAUUAAUACUUUUCUGACCCAUCUCUCGUAUACUUUUUAGCUUAACGGUCCCUCACGUAUUUAAUACUCUAUAUUAGUCUAAAAUGUAGUUCAGUUCAGUGAACCGAAACAAAAUCGAAUAUUUGGUUAGCUACAAUCUUGUUUUCGUCAAGAUUAUGAUGCACCUCGCAAAUGAUAAUGCGAGUAAUUAAAAUAUAGUUAUUCUGUUGACUAAGGCCGUAUAAAGUCACAUAGCAGUAGUGUAAUACAUAAUACAAACAGUAGAAUAUAGUUUGAUGCAAAAUGAAUGUUCACAUACCAUUAUGAGGUAUACGGGAUUAAGUAUUUGAUAAAGGAAAUAAGAAUAAUAAAAUUUAGAUACAUAUGAUCGUUUUUCUCUUUUAAAAUCAUUUGGGUUGGUAGUUCACGAUUAAAUAGUAGAUUAUGACAUAUAGCCUAAUAACCUUCACAAUUGUUUUACAACAUAUGCUUAGAUAGAUUUCUAUUUAUUUGAUAUAUGCAUAUACCUUAGAGUACUUCGAGAAUAUUCCUUCGUGCAUGAACCCGAAACCCCUCCAAUUUUAGUAUUUUUAAUGCAAUUGUGGAUUUAUUUCAGUACGACUGAACAUACCAGUUCUGUAUAAACUAUGAAAUGAAAAUAUUACUUAGAUUAAUAGCUAUUGCAAACUAGUUUAUGGUGAUACAUUGAUAUUGUGCUUGAAGCUUUACCUUGAUGACUAAAGUAUUUGCACUACAUUUUCAGUCACUAGUGUAUACAUCUUAAAUAGUAACAAUAUCUGUUUUUUUUUUAAGUUUCGAGGUAUAGUAUAAUUUUGACCCAAACUAUUUUUUAUUAAAAACAUUUGUUCCAACCAGUGUAGCUUAAUUAAUAACAUCUAAUAUUGCAAACAUGUAAUAUUAGAUGAUGACAUAAAACAAUAAUCUUAAACUGUUUUCUUUUAAUCAUGAAUUGUGGAUUUAUUUCAGUACGACUGAACAUACCAGUUCUACUUUUCUUAAUUGAGAGCGUUAAACUUAUAGUAACUAGUAAAUUUAUCUUAGCAAACGAAUAGAAAUAUUGACAUUCUAUAUUAAGCAAGUUGCCUAAUCGUGAAUUGCAAACUUAACAAAUGAUGACGUAAUAAGUGGAGUCAUCAAAUGUUCACAACAACUAUUCAAAAUGUUUACAGAAAAUAGUUGAAAAAUAAAAGAUGCCUUGAUGACAGAAUAAGCACAACGUCCUGGAGGAGGGGACCGAUAGAUCAAAACAAAUCUUAAACAGUUUUCUUUUAAUCAAACUUUUAACAAAACAAUAAUCAGUUAAUUCAUAGUAACCAAUUAAAGUAAACAAACCAUUUAUAUAUCAUCAACUCAACAAUAAGAAUUUUUUAUUACAAUAAAGCAAACAAAUUAAUAACUUGCAAUGGCUAUAUACUACUACAACAUAUUGAUGCAAGAAUUUAUUUAUAAAGUAAAAAAAAAUUACUUAUACGCAUUCAGUUUAAGUAUUGCUUUACCGCAGCCUUUGAUAACUAAUUGAUUAUAAGCUAAAUUUGUCGACUAGUUCAUAAUACUUUAAAACAACCUCACACACUUCUCACUAAAUCUUUGUUUAAGCGUCUCCGUAAUCAUUGUUUACUGCUUCACUUAUUAGUGUUUUGCAUUAAUUUUGGAUUUAUUUGUCUUUUACGUUGUAAGUGACCUGUCAAAAGAGAGAAUCUUUCCCUACCCAACUCACCUCUUAUUAUUUAUAGGUAUUGCCCAUGACCUGAUUCAAAGCUCUCUUCUUUAUAUUUUCUGGCUAACACAUCAAGCUCUCUCGCUUUGCUUUAUAUUAGCAUUAUAGCUAUAUGCAUUACAUUUGAUAAAUGUCAUUAUAGAGCUUGCUUUUUAGUAAAAGAAAAAGCCAAUGGGGAGGAGACCUUGCUGUGAGAAAAUUGGAUUGAAGAGAGGUCCAUGGACUAUAGAAGAAGAUCAUAGACUCAUGAACUUCAUUCUUAACAAUGGCAUCCACUGCUGGAGAAUUGUCCCCAAACUCGCAGGUUUGUUGAGAUGUGGUAAGAGCUGUAGACUGAGAUGGAUUAAUUAUCUGAGACCGGAUCUCAAGAGAGGUGGGUUUACUGAUGCUGAAGAAGAACGUAUUAUGGAACUUCACUCUCAACUUGGCAACCGGUGGUCUAAAAUUGCCUCUCAUUUCCCUGGUAGAACGGAUAACGAGAUAAAAAACCAUUGGAACACGAAGAUCAAGAAGAAGAUGAAACAUCUUGGUUUAGAUCCGACUACGCACGAACCAAUGAAUAAUAUUACCGACCAACCCGAAUCUAACAAGAUAACAAAACCAAACAUGUGUUCUACCAUCAAGGAAGGAGAAGAAACCAAAGAACAGACUCUCAAAGAUGAAGUAGACAUCGGAUCUCUAUUCGAAGUGCAAGGCAACGAGAUAUCUAUCUCGUCUUCUUCUUUAUAUAGUAAUAUUUCAAGAAGCGAAUCUUCAUCAAAUUUUGCAGAAGAUUCGAUCUCUUUAGAGCAAUGGGAAUUGACCUAUAUGACAGAUCCUUUGGUACCAUGGGACUUCUUCACCAAUCUUGAUGAUAAUAUUUUCCUUUAAUGACAAAAUGUGAUAUAACAUUGUAAUAUAUCUGAAUAUAUCUAUAAAUAUAUAAAUAAUCUUAAGUAAUUUGUAGCUCAGUUUCAUGUAUGUACGUAAGAUGUGGAUUAUGCAUGGCGACCGCGCGAUGAUGUAUAUUUUCUCAUACAAGAUGUAUGCAUAUAUAUAUUUCUCAAAGUUCAAACUAUAUAUGGAGACGUAUAGAAACCAGUACUGAUAGAUACUGUAAAAUUCUUGGAAGAAAACGGGUUAACAUAUACCGCAAAUCAAUUCUACAUGUGCAACACAAUAAGUUUUGGAUUAAUUAAUAGUAUAUAUGACAUUAUGCUGUCAAAGUGUUAUUUAUAGUUAGGUGAAUUAGGUCAAUGCGGCCUUUCAUGAAAUGAAAUAGACAUAUAUUAUAUCUAUAAAGAAAACAUAUGAAAAUUGACCCGUUUCAAAUUAACAAUGAGUUCCCAAAUAAAAUGAACCUACCUCUACUUUCACAAAAAUAAAAUAAAAACUAUACCAACUUCAUUCGAAAGCAUGCAUUUGAUUUUAUUUUUCUUUUUGAAUAAAAAACAAAAACAACUAAAGUAAUCACUUCUUCCAAAAUUUCGAGAACUAUUAUAAUUUUUCUUAAGAAGAUUUGAUUUGAUCGUUCCGACAUAAAUUAAGUUGAAACAUAAUAUUAAAAUCACGGUGACUGUAGUUGUUGGGAUAAAAGAGAGUGACGACAAUGUUGCUUCCGUCAAGUGUUUGGAGUUUUGCAAUCAUUGUAUUAAUUCUUAUAAUUAUAUUACCAGUUGUCUUACAAAACCUCGAGUGCGAUAAAUUUAUCUUAAUUCCAUCUAUAAACUAAUAAAUAUUUUUUUAUAUCAAUAUACUGUUAUAUACUUAUAUUCAAAUUACAUUGUUAUAAAGAAUUAGUUACUGUAUAAGAAAGAACUCACUAUGUAAUGUAAUCAAGGGCAGAAAGCAGUUGAACACUGUCAAAUUUGAAAAACGGCCACGCCAAAGGUCUUUCCAAAAAAAACUUGAAAACACAGCAUCUUCAAUUCCAAACACCACAUUAUAUUGACCACACCAAAGUGGAAAGCGAAGUUGAAAGCGAAGUUGGAAGCUAAGUAGACUAAUAGAGGAGCCUUUCUUAUUAUUGCCAAGAGUGCAACUCUUGAUCAGUUUGGUCAAUCUUAUGUUGUUGUGGGAUCCCCUCUUUGGUUAUUUGAUUAUUUUUUGCUAAUGAGAAAGGCUAGUCCUCUAUCUAUGUCUCCUUUUAAAUUUUUUGAUUGGUUUCC